GCCAUUUGUCACAGGCUGUUGUGAAUUGGAGGCCAGCGGCCCACAGUGCCAGGCGGGGGAGCCCCUCUCUCAGCUACACACCACAGCAUCACCGCCGCCUCGCCUCACUGAAAAGGACAGAGAGGAGAGAAAUGCAAAGGGGUGUAAGAUGGCAGAGCUACAAAUGCUAUUAGAGGAGGAAAUCCCUGCCGGUAAAAGAGCUCUUGUGGAAAGCUACCAGAACCUGUCCCGGGUUGCGGAGUACUGUGAAAACAAUUAUGUUCAGGCUCAAGACAAGAAGAAGGCCCUGGAGGAGACCAAGGCCUACACCACCCAGUCUCUGGCCAGCGUGGCCUACCAGAUCAAUGCCUUAGCUAACAAUGUGCUACAGCUGCUGGACAUCCAGGCCUCGCAACUACGACGCAUGGAGUCCUCCAUCAACCACAUCUCCCAGACAGUGGAUAUCCAUAAGGAGAAGGUGGCACGCCGAGAGAUUGGCAUUCUGACCACAAAUAAGAACACUGCUCGCACUCACAAGAUCAUCGCCCCGGGCAACAUGGAGCGGCCGGUGCGCUACAUUCGAAAGCCCAUUGACUACACACUGCUGGACGAUGUGGGACACGGUGUCAAAUGGCUUAAGGCCAAGCAACAUGGGAACAAUGCAGCAGGACGAGGAGGGACGCUUUCUAGGACCACCCCACCUACACAGAAACCCCCGAGCCCCCCCAUGGCUGGUCGUGGUACCCUGGGGCGUAACACUCCCUACAAGACCCUGGAGCCAGUGAAGCCUCCGGUGGUGCCCAAUGACUACAUGACGAGCCCGGCCCGACUGGGCAGCCAGCAAAGCCCUGCACGCACAGCCUCUCUCAACCAGAGGCCCAGGACACACAGUGGCAGCAGUGGGGGUAGUGGCAGCAGGGAGAACAGUGGAGGCAGCGGAGUUGGUAUGCCUCUAGCCGUUCCCACCCCCUCCCCUCCAAGUAUGGGACAAGUGGCAACAUCCUCCGCCUCAGUGCCCCAGGGCCCCGGCUUGGGUCCCAUACCCAUGUCCCAGUUUGGCACCAUCUCCCGCCAGAUCUCCCGUCACAACUCUUCCACCACCUCCUCUGCCUCCAUGGUGUCGGCCACCGGCACCUACCGCCGUGCACCCUCCGUCUCCUCCCAGCAGCCACACAUCAACGGGGGCCCCGCCUACCCGCAGAACUCAGUGUCUGUGGCUCCUCCGCCACCUCCUCCAAUGGUCCAGCUGACCCCACAGAUCCCUCUGACCGGCUUUGUGGCCAGAAUGCAGGAGAGCAUAACAGACAGCCCCGCCCCACCUCCUCCACCACCCCCAGAGGACCUGGGUGUGUUUGAGGAGCCCACUCCCCCUCCUCCUCCCCCACCUGUGGACUACGAGGAAGACGAGGCCGCGGUGGUCCAUUACAGCGACCCCUACGCCGACGGCGACCCCCACUGGGCCCCCAAGAUUUAUUUAGAGAAAGUUGUGGCCAUCUAUGACUACAGCAAAGACAAGGAGGAUGAGCUGUCCUUCAUGGAAGGAGCCAUCAUCUACAUAAUCAAGAAAAACGACGACGGCUGGUUCGAAGGUGUCUGUAACGGCGUCACUGGACUCUUUCCAGGAAACUACGUUGAGUCGAUCAUGCACUAUGCUGACUAAAAAAGAAAGGAAAAAAAAACAGCACCCAAAAUGGCACAUCAGUUUUGAACAGAGGUAAAACCUUGAAGAUGUACAGAUGUAUGCAGUCCAGUGACUGCACUUCAUACAACUCCCAUUUUGAAUGAAGUGCCACGGUGGAUUUUCAAAUGGUUUUCUGUCGGGGUAGGGGGGGGGGGGCUUGUGCUUGCACGGUUUUGUUAUACUCCAAAAAAAUUGCUGUUAUGUUGUCUUGCACAGAGGAGGGUGCUGAAACUUUGGACCGGGGUCUGUUAGUUUACACUGUGGAGGAAAGGGAGGAGAUGAAGGCCCUUUUUGCUGCCACUGUUACACCUGUUGGUGGUCGGUAGCACUUUUCAAACUGUUUGUAUCACAAGAAAUUACAACAAAUGACAAGUGAAUUUAGAUUUAGUGUCAAUUUGUGUAUGCGCAACCAACAUUUCUAGUAUUCCAUGUACGCAGUACAUUCAGACAUUGGAGUAUUACUAAGAUUUCAUGAAUAGAUUGAGGCAGUGCAGCAUUCUUACUAUGAAAUGCAACGCAGACCCUCCAACCCUUUUAUUUGCACUGUAGACCAGCAGACCAAUCCUUCCCUCCUUUCAAAAACAUCCAUCAUACCGUAUCCAU